CAUCAUUAAGUAAAAAUAUUUUUAUUUUUUAAUAUGUUAUAUAAAAUAAUUAAUUUAAUUUUAAUUUUUGUGUAUACAUUUUUAUUGGAAAAUGUUUUUGCUGCAAUUCUUCUCAUUAGUCCAAAAAAAAUAACAAUUGAUAAUGAUUGUAGUACAAAAUCUGGACAACUUUAUCGUACUGAUGCUAAGUUAAUUAAGGUAUCAAAUUGUUUUAAAGGAACAAAAGUUUAUGUAGAAUGUGGUAUUUUAAAAGUGACUUUUGAACAUAUGGAAACAAAUAUAGAAAUUUUUGCAGAAAUUUUUGUAAAUUAUAAUCAUACUUCAAUAAAGAGUUCAAUAGAGCUCAAAAUCAUUUUUAAAGAAAAAGGUAUCGUUAUGAUUAACAAAAAAGAUGAGAAUCAACCCAAACAGUUUUCAUACGAUGUAAAAUGUAUUAAAGCGUUGGAGUCAUAUAUUAAGGAUUUAGACGAAAAAAUUAAAUUUAAAGUAGUUAAAAUUUAUAACAGUAAUCAUGAAAGUUAUAGACCUUUAGAUAAUGAAACGAUUUAUAGAAGUCGCGUAAAACGUCAAUUACAACAAUUAACAAAUAUGUCCCUGUGGAAAUAUGUCAAAAAGGAAUUAAUAACAUUUAAGAAUAAAUCCUUCUCAACAACACUCGAAGGAUACAUAAAUAAUUCAACGACGUACAAUAAAACUAUUAAAGAAACUUUAGAAGAAAUCAACCCACUCAUAAACGACCGAGUGUGUAAGUAUGCCUUACUAGCAAUACUUUAUAUCUAUGAAGUACUAAAAAUUGAAGAUUUAGAUUCAUAUUGGGAUAAAUUCGUAAACAUUUUUGAAAAGCUGAAAGAUACACAAAAAACAUUUACAAACCAAAAUUACUUGACUGUUGGCCAUAAUGAAUUUUGUAGUGAAAAAUAUACUUCAAAGAAAAUUAAUAAAAUAUGUAAAUUAGAAAAGCAUUUAAUAGAAUAUUUCUUAAAUUCAAAAAAAUUACUUAAUUGUGAUUUAACAACUGAAAAGUGUUCAAUGUCUUAUAAAACAAAAAUAUUAGAUGAAAUAUUCAAGGACUUUCCUGAACCUCCCAAUAAAAAUAAGCCAUACAAUUUUCAUAAAUUACCUACAACCUUCGAAGAAAUACUUUAUAAUUUAGAUACUAUUGUUAAGAUAGUGGAAGUUGAAUUUGAUGAAGUUUAUAAAAUAGAAUUAUAACUUAUGUUUAUGUUUAUGUACAUGUUUUUGAAGAAUAGAAACGUUUAUUAAUUUUUUUCAAGUAACUGAUAUUUUAAUAUUAUUUACUAUUAUUUAAAAUGAUAAUUUACUAUAUAUUGUUAAAUAAACUUCGAAUUAUUAAUUGAAUUCAGCAUGUUUUUUUUAUAUUAUUAGAUAUAGACGUACAUUAGACGUUUAAUUAAAACAAUUCUGUGACUCGUAUGAAAACUGAUGUAUAAGUGGCAGAAAUGAGUUUUUUUAUAAUUUAUAUUAAAAAGGAUAUUUUUUGUUGUUUGCCUAAAAAUUAUAAGUUUAUAUUAUCGAGUAGGUUUGUUUUUUUUAUUUUAAAAAUUAAAACUUGCUUAAGUCACUAUUAAAUUCUAAAUUUUGUUAUUGAUCUACUGAAAAUUGUUAUAAUUGACUUGUUAGCUUUUAAAAAAAGUCACAGAAUUUAUUGAUUUUAUAUUUUGAAUUGUUAAAUUAAUAUUAAAAAUAUAAUAAUUGUAACAAAUAUUUAAAAUACAUUAAACGAUUAAUUAUGA